CAGGGAGGUAGUCGGAGAGACUUCUUUCGGAGGAAGACCGGAAGUCGCUUCGGCCUGGUCACGUGGCCACUAAAAUGGCGGCGCCCAGGAUGCGCUGUGCGAGCCGCGGCUGCUGAGCGUCCUCGGCGUCCGUGGCACUGCCCCCGCGAUCCGCUUCGUGCGUGAGGAGCGCAGCGAGGGCACGGUUACGGGAGCCCGCCGUGGCUGGCGCUAGCGGGGAGACGGUCGCCAUGGUGACGGAGCAGGAAGUGGAGGCCAUAGGGAAGACCCUGGUGGACCCCCAGGAGCCCCUGCAGGCCCGCUUCCGGGCGCUGUUCACUCUGCGGGGGCUCGGGGGCCCGCACGCCAUCGACUGGAUCAGCCGAGGCUUCCAGGACAGCUCUGCCCUGCUGAAGCACGAGCUGGCCUACUGCCUGGGCCAGAUGCAGGACUCUCGCGCCAUCCCGGUGCUGGUGGAGGUUCUGUGCGACACCAGCCAGGAGCCCAUGGUGCGCCAUGAGGCCGGGGAAGCCCUAGGGGCCAUCGGUAACCCGGAAGUCCUAGACCUCCUGAAGCAGUAUUCUUCCGACCCGGUGGUAGAGGUGGCUGAAACAUGCCAGUUGGCCGUUGGGCGUCUGGAGUGGCUGCAGCAGCACCCCGGCGAGGCCGCAAGUUCAGGACCCUACCUCUCCGUGGACCCGGCACCCCCUGCGACAGAGCGGGACGUGGGGCGGCUGCGGGAGACGCUGCUGGACGAGUCGCAGCCGCUCUUUGAGCGGUACCGUGCCAUGUUCGCCCUGCGCAACGUUGGUGGCGCGGAGGCGGCCUUGGCCCUGGCUGAAGGCCUGCGCUGUGGCAGCGCGCUCUUCCGCCACGAGGUGGGCUACGUGCUGGGCCAGCUGCAGCACGAGGCAGCCGUGGGCGAGCUGGCGGCCACCCUGGCGCGGACCUCCGAGAGCGCCAUGGUGCGGCACGAGUGCGCGGAGGCCCUGGGUGCCAUCGCCAGGCCCGCUUGCCUGACAGCGCUGCGGGCUCACGUCACCGACACGGAGCGCGUGGUGCGGGAGAGCUGCGAGGUGGCGUUGGACGUGUACGAGCAUGAGCGCCGCCUGGACUUCCAGUAUGCAGACGGACUGGAGCGCCUGCGGCCCCCGCAGUGACAGCCGCACCAGGGACGGCGCCCAGGAUGCCACUGUCACGGUCACGUGCCUUCCUUCUGUGGCUCCAGCGGCGCCCACGGCCCGGACUUAGCGGCUUUGUUUCCUGCCUCGCUGGGCGCUGGCACAGUGCGUCCUCCUGGUGCUGUCCACCCGUGACCUUGUCACCCGCGCGCGCUGCAGCCUGGCACCCAGUGUGGAAGCUUCCGGAUGUCAGGGAAUGAGGCUUGAGAUGUGGGGACCCGGGGUUGGCGACCACUUCUGACUUCACGGGGCAGCACAUGGGGCGCUCACAUCCAGGCACUGCAUAAAUAAAUAAGUUGGUCGGCGCGUGUGCCAUGCA